AUGAUGCCAAAAGGUAUCAACCGGAAGAGCCAGACGACAAUUCGUCAAGAGGAGUCGGCCAUCUUGACACAACACAAAAGUAAAAAAUGGAAAUUCACACUUUUCAGGCAAUUCAACAAAGCUGGAGAUGCGCCCCGGCUUGUUGAAGUUGAGUUCCUCCAUUCAAAUCAGACAUUGCAACAAUGCAUUGUUGUCAUGGCCUCCGGAAAUCAUUUUCCUCAGGCAAAGCUUCUAAACGGGAAUUGUGUCCUCGCUGGUCGACCCGUCUGUCUGCUCAGCCCCAUUCGGUUAGUUCGAGUCCCGCAGUGGCUGCUGAUGCGACUCUCAAAUGCAGUCCGAUUAAGCCUUCAGUACGCCUCACUCGAUCGUGGCCAGAUUAGAGUUCAUUUUGGUUGCUAG